AUGUCUUCCGCACCUGAGUCCAACAACACCACCAUUUCUUCUCCUCCCGCUAAGCGCAUCAAGACCGCCGCUGCCAUGGAGCCCAUCCCUCUCCAGAUCAAGAAGCUCUCCGAGAAGGGCCGCCUGCCCACCCGCGGCAGCGCCUUUGCGGCCGGCUACGACAUUUACGCUGCCCGCGAUACCACCAUCCCCGCCCGUGGCAAGGCCCUUGUCGACACGGAUAUUAGCAUGGCUAUUCCUGAGGGAACCUACGGCCGCAUUGCCCCCCGCUCCGGACUUGCGUCCAAGAACUUCAUCGACACGGGCGCGGGCGUCAUUGACGCCGACUACCGUGGCCAGGUCAAGGUGCUGCUGUUCAACCACGCCGAGGCCGACUUUGAGAUCAAGGAGGGCGACCGCAUUGCCCAGCUCAUCCUCGAGCGCAUCUACACCCCCGAAGUCGUCGAGGUCCAGGAGCUCGCGGAGAGCGUGCGUGGCGCCGGCGGCUUCGGCAGCACUGGCUGA